CUGAUAUAAAAGCUGGAGUCUCAUCAGCUCCUCACACUGACUGACUCUCAGCAUUCCGGCUCUGAGGAACCUCCAGAGGUCCAACUUCUCAACUGUUACAAGAGAAAACCCAAAGCAAGCAUGUCUCACGGGUGGGGAUACGGCACUGCUGAUGGUCCUGACAAAUGGGUGGAACACUUCCCUAUCGCUGACGGAGACAGACAGUCUCCCAUUGAUAUCAUCACGAGCCAGGCCCAUUACGACUCGACUCUCAAGCCACUCAAGCUUCACUACGACUUGGUCUUGUCUCAAGACAUCCUGAACAAUGGCCAUUCAUUCCAAGUGAACUACCUGGACCAGCCAGACAGCAAAGAUCUGACCGGUGGGCCUGUCACUGGCGCCUACAGACUGAAGCAGUUCCACUGCCACUGGGGCGUGGGUGACCUCGAAGGGUCCGAGCACACAAUCAAUGGCCACAAGUUCCCCUGUGAGCUCCAUCUGGUGCACUGGAACACCAAGUAUGAAAGUUUUGAAGAGGCUGUGAACAAAUCUGAUGGCCUGGCAGUUGUUGGCAUUUUUCUGAAGAUUGGUCCUGCCAAUCCAAAACUGCAGAAGGUUCUGGAUAAAUUCGAUGCCAUCAAAGCAAAGGGUCAGCAGACCACAUUUCCAAACUUCCACCCCAAGUCCUUAUUGCCCUCCACUCUGAAUUUCUGGACUUAUGAAGGUUCUCUCACCACACCACCUUUGUACGAGAGUGUCACCUGGAUUGUCCUAAGAGAUCCGAUUAGCAUCAGCCCCACUCAGAUGUCGAAGUUCCGCAGUCUGUUGUUCAGCUCAGAGGAAGAGCCAGCUCGUCCCAUGUGUAAUAACUACAGACCCCCUCAGCCCUUAAAAGGACGCAAAGUUCGUGCCAGCUUUAGGCACGCCUCCUGAACGCAUCUCAGCCAAUCAAAACAGUCCUUUUCUAUUUUUUUAUUUUUUUUUUAUUUUUUAAGAAUGUCCCUGUCUGACACAAAUACUUUUUAAAAAUAAAGAGAUUUUAUUGUCAUUGUAGUGACAACAACAUUUCUUAUGUUUAUUCUUCGAAGGUUCAUUUGAAUAAUUGAACAAAUGCUUGAAAAAAUGAACUUCAAUGAGCCGAUUGUCACAUCUGAAUAAAAUAAAAUAGAAAAUG